UUGAAUGCCCCCCUGCCCUUCAGGUUUGGGCUUUAUCGGACUAUUUGUCCUUUCCGGGUUACUUCCCGAGUACAUCUAUAUACCAAAACAUGAACUUUCUGUUUUGGAAGAGAAAAGAAGUGGCUCCACUGAGACCACAAUUCGAUACCUUUCCAUGGAUCUGUUGGUACAUUUGAAAGGCGAGGAACGACAAAUUCUUUAAUGGAAAAGUCGUAUCUCCGGUUGAUACUCUCCAACAUGCGUCCCUUGAGGCAGAAUGUUGGAGGAAGGCUAAUGAAAAAGAGGAAGCAAACUAGGACCAUGACGAUCCUCCUAUUUCAGAGGUCGAGAUAGUGCCUCCUUGGAUACCCCGAAUCCCUACAUGUCAAAUUGAUGCGUCAUGGAUCAAUAAUGGUAGCGUAAGUGGCUUAGGGUGGAGUCUGAAGGAUCAUAUGGGUUCUGAACAUUUUGGAUUACGGGCGUGCAAUAGGGCCCUCUCAGCUCUACAUGCUGAGAUGGAAGGUUUACUUUGAGCAACCUCAUGUAUGAGAGACAUGAGGAUAGCUUCAAUACGGUUCGAGACGGACUGCUCGGAUCUCGUGGACAUGACUACUAAUCCAAUGGAUUGGCCAACUUUUGCAACAGAGAUUGAGGUGUUUCAGAGACUACAUGAGGACUUCGAGGAUGUGAGUUUGUCUCAUAUUCCUCGGAGUAGGAAUGGUCGAGCGGACACGCUUGCAAAAGAAGUCAGGAGCAGAGGAUAUAUUUUUUCCGAUAUAGAUCAGACCCGGAUAGACGGAGAUGCUCCUCGGAGAAUCGGCUCGUCUGCCACCACUUGAUCUAGCUUACAUGGGUAGCCGACAAAAAAAAAAAAAAAAAAAGUUGAUUUUGGAGUAAAUAGGAAACUGUUUUUAAAAAAAAAUAUAUAUAUAUAAAAGGGUUAAAAAAAAAAAGGAAAUUGUAUAUUUGUAUAAAUAUAAAUAUAAACAUGUGUACAUCGAACGGAUUUUAUCUGAUUUCCGACAAAUAAUUCCUAUACGAACCUGGCGAUGUCUUUGUGAUUUGGUCUAAUCCCCAAGAAGAAGUCUUUGCGGUUCUGUUUGAUUUCCCACAAAUCCAGGUCUAAGUUAGGGUUUUUGGGCGACCAUGAAACGCAAGGAGCGAGAGGAGGAGAGGUUGUGUAGGAGCCGAAGUAAGAUAGGUCCGAUUGCAGUUGAUCUGAAGACUGCUAGAGUGACUAGAUUGCCUGCGAGGUCGACCCACCAAGAAGCACUCCCUCAAUCCAUGAAACGCAAGAAGGAGGCGGAUGGUAAUGAGACAAGCCCAAGUAGUAAGUUCGAUUCGCUCCCUUUCGAUCUAAAGAUGGCUAUAGUGAGUAGAAUGGGUGCCAAGUCUCUUAUGAAGUUCCGAUGCGUGUCAAAAAUUUGGUCUUCCAUCAUCCGAAGCAGAGGGUUCAUCGAUUCCUUCUUCUCUAUGUCCUCAAAGCAAUCGCCCCGGUUUAUAGUCGCUUUGGCUAACGGUGUAUGCAAUGAGCCUGAAGCGAAGCUCACCUUCUUCUUCUCGUUUGGGGAGUCUUGUUCUUCUUCUUCUUUGGUACCAAACUUGGAGAUGGCAAUACCAGUGGGACUGAGUUCCAUCAGAGAGUCUUUCGCUUCUCUCCAUGGCUUUCUCACCGUUGGCGUUCAUGGUGGGUUGAUGGUGUGUAACCCUAGCACGGAGCAGGUCAUAAAGUUGCACAGUUCCACCAGAUUCGUGGGAUACGAUCCGAUUGAAGGUCAACAUAAGGCAUUGUUUGUGGAAUCGAGAGUCUCUCGUUCUUCUGUUCAUCAAGACCACAAGGUGUUAACAUUGGGAGGAGGAUCAUGGAGACACAUUGAGGGUACCCCUGGACCUUAUAGACCGAUAUCAGUGGGAGUAUGCGUCAAUGGUGUCAUCUACUAUGGUGCUCGUAACUCACCCCAUUUUAGGAAUCCAGUUAUGGUGUGUUUUGAUGUUAGAACUGAGAAACUAAGUUUUAUCCAAGCACAUGAGACUCUCCUUCGGUGGGGCAAGGAUUCCAUAUUUAUAGAUUACAAUGGGAAGCUAGCUUCUAUUGUGAGAUACCCUUAUGAUCGUUUCAAUAGUUUUGAUUUAUGGAUAUUAGAAGACCCCGUGAAACAUGAAUGGUCAAAGCAACAUUGUGUGUUUCCCUCCUCCGUGUGGGAUUCUGUUUGGGGCUUCGAAAUGUCUUUUCCAGGAACCAACAAGGAUGGGGAGAUCAUUAUGGCUCCAACCAGCUUGUCACCUGAGGUUGGACCCUUUUACAUUUUUUACUACAAUGUUAAAACACAAAACGUUAGAAGAGUUAGGCUCCUAGGCAUUGGAGACAAUAAAGAGUUUAGACGCUCUUAUGGAUUCUUAAAGCAGCGUGAUUGUUUUGUCCGUAUCGCACCUCAACAUGUCCACAGUAUUGCCUCUCUCUGAGAAAGGUUCCAAAUAAAAGUUUAAAGGUUUCAAGGAUGUAUCAGUAAAACUCAAGAGAGCAUGGCAAAAAGAUUGAGAGCAUGGCAUGCUAUGGUUGUUUUUAUUUGCAAUUUGCAAUUUGUUAUCUUAUAUAUACAUGACUGAAGAUUUGCGUUUCUGUAGUUGCUUGAUCUGCUCGUUGUUUUUGUUCUUGUUGGGAUGAGUUCGAAUUCAUAUUUGAUUGAUUUCCGGUGUUAUUACUUUGGAGAUAUUAUUGUUUGUUUGUAUAAGCUUUUCUCUUU